CAAAAUGGCAGCGGCUGUUGGCGCGCAGUCUGAUUUGUAGAAUUGUUGCUUCGUUCCCGUUGCAAAAUGAACGAAGCCGCGGGUUGAGGGGGGGUUCCUAGGAAUGAGUCGGCGGAGAAAAUACGCGGGCACCCCCAGCCCGAAGAGCACGCCGAGCAAAUCGGCGGCGGCUGAGGAAAGCAGCUCCUCGAGGGUCGAGCCGGGGAGGCGGCGGCUGAGGUCGGCCCGCCGCUCGGAGCCGCGCGGGCCUGCAGAGUGGUCUCCGGCGGCCGCUUCGGGCAGCAAGAGUCACCCCGAGGAAAAGUAUGAAACACCAACGAGAAUGCUGAAAAUGGAUUUAUUAUCAUGUACCUUUGGUUCCCCAAAUGAUCCUGAUGGACAGAAUGACAUCUUUUGGGAUCAAAAUUCUCCAAUGACAAAACAGUUAGGUAAAGGAAGAAAAAAACAGAUUUACACCACAGAUAGUGAUGUGAUUUCACAUAUUGUUAAUCGCAUUGCUCCUCAGGAUGACAGACCAACAACAAAUUCUAUGCUCGGCAUCUGGAUUGGUGAAACUGCUAUUCCUUGUACUCCCGUUGUAGUAAAGGAAAAAUCAAAAAUAAAAAUCAGCUGCACAAAGUUAAAAACACAACAUCGAGAAAAAGAACUUAUGAAAUUGGCUAAACAGUUUGAUAAAAAUAUGGAAGAACUCGAUGUGAUUCAAGAACAAAACAAGAUAAAUCAUGAUUUUAUCCAGAUAAUUUCAGACACAGAGACUUUACAUAACUGUAAAGAUUGUGUACAAAUGCAUUCUCCGUGUGAUUUAGUUCCCGAAAUAGAUAAUGCUACCUUAAAGAAGCCAAUGGAAGGAAACAGCUGGAUAUCUGGGACAAAUGAUCAAACUAGCAGUCAGAAACCAUUUGACCAAAAUACUGAAGCAGCCUUUAAUGCAAUGUUUGAUGCUUCUACUCAGAAAUGUAGUGGACAGCUAAGCCAAGAUCUGCCAGAUACUCUUUUGUACAACAGUAAUACUACCUUGGGAGAAAAAAAUGUUGUGACAGAGGCGAGUGUCAUUACUAAUGAAACUCUGGUCAUUGGAAAACUGCCGUGGACAGCACCAAUGCUACCUUCUAAAGUAGAAACUCCCACAGUGACAAAACCCUAUGUGACUCCCGAAACUAAGGAGCAAGAAGGGUCUCAUAAACACAUGGCUGCAGUUAGCACCAGUGAUUCUGAAGAAGAUUGGGAAAGCUUACUAGGAAAUGAACCUUUUGGUGUGCAAAAUACUGAAAUGCUUGAACUUGUACCUUCUGGAACUGCCCAGGUUGAUAGUAUAUCAAGAACAAAUGUAAGUCUAGAUACCAGGUUAAGAGAUUCAAAAAUACAAGAUCUUCCUACAAACACACAUGACCAAGGACAAAUAAAUGCUGCAAAAUAUAGAUGUUCACCAAAUCCAAACAAGAAGACAAACAAAUUAUCACUAACUAGAAACAAAAUGAAAUCUGAGAAAUCUUUCAAUGCAACUGUUAUUCAAGACAAAACUCAGGAUGAUGCAAUUGCAUCUGACCUGAUAAAAAUAAAAGAAAAUAUUCACAUGAACUUUACUUCCAAUAUAAAUGCUUCUGAAAAAAAGUGUUUGAACACAAAAUCCUGUAGUGAACCAAAGAAUAAACCCAUUUUUAAACAUUCUUUCAACGUACCUGUUAAUACUAAUCCUUUUGGUUCUACAACUUUAGUCCAUGAAACUGGUGUUAGUUACUCAAAUCGGACAAAUGCAUCAAAGUUAGACUCUUUCUUUGAUGAUUGGAAUGAUCCAUUAUUUGCUAAUGAAAUUAUUAAAGAAUGUCAUAAAUUAGAGACUACUUGGGAAACAAAUGACGUAGAUGAUGAUUUGUUAUAUCAAGCAUGUGAUGAUAUUGAAAGACUUAGCCAGCAGCAAGACAUAAAGGAGAGCAAGAGUACUCUUGAUGGCAGAAGGAAGUCCAGACAUGGAGCUGAAAGCAUGCCUGUGUUAUCCAAAGGAGGAAGUCACUUGGAGCAACCAAAGCAUUGGAAUAUGGGCAACAUUUCUGUGCAGACAUCUUUCUUGACCAAUAAUUCACAAACUGGUAAACCAGUGAAGAUGGAGAAAAAGGAAAUGUUUGGAAAUUCUCCACAUAUUUUGGGUACAACAACAAAUUUGACUAUGUAUUCUAAGAACUCAGAUUGUGAGAUCAAUAAUGUGCAUGACUCUUGGAGUAAUUCUGAUGUUCCAGUACAUGUGACUAGCUCCAAAUCAGUUCUUUCAAGAAGUUUAGUUUGUAAUGUGAACUCGGAUCAUGCCAGCACAGAAACUGUUACUAGUAAGAAAUCAAAUACUCAGCGACUGUCCUAUACGACCAUAACAAGUGGAGCUCAAAGUAACCUUAACAAAACAGGUAGCUCUUCAAAAUACACAUUUACAAAGCUGAAAAAUUCUCAGGUUCUUUCUCAACUUAAUCAAAAUUGUAUGGCUGAAUAUAUGACUGCUACCAAAAUCACACAGAACAUAGAGAAAAAGAAAACUAUCAACUCAUGGGCAGCUGACCAACAGUCAUUGGUGAAACUUUCUGAAUCUUUGAAAGAGUCUUCAAAAGAGGAAGAAGAAAAGUACAGAAAGUAUUCUCCUGAAGAAAUUCAGAGAAAACGACAAGAAGCACUGGUUCGGAGAAUGGCCAAAUCCCAGGCAUCAUCUGUAAAUUCUUCUCCCAUUCAGUUUCUUUAAACAAAUUUUAGUUGCAAGACAAAAAUGUUGACUAUCCAUGAUAGGAAGAUUUUUUUUUUAAUUUCUCUAUGAGAAAAUUAAUAAUGUCUUAUAAAGUAUAGACUUCUGUAUUAUUUAAUAAACCAAUGUUUGCAAUGAUAAAUGAAAGUUUGGAGAUAAUGUGAAAAUAAUUAUGAAUUAGAGAAAUUCAGGAACAUUAGGAAUUAUAUAAUAAAAUUAUAUCUUCACUUUGCAGAGAAUCAAAAAAUAAGUAAUUACCUAAUUUUUUGUUUUGUCUUUUUCCUGAUACUACCGAGUUUUGAAUUCCUAAGUUAAUAAGCACUACUUCCAGUUUUAUUUUCACUAGCUGUUACUUAAGGUUUUCAUACAUUCCCAAAUUUUAAUUCAUACUUCCAUUUUCCCAGGAAUGUCCUUGCUAGGAAAUAAGAAUGUCAGUUUUAUUUGUAAGUAAAUUACCAUUUUCAGUUCAUAGUCAAAUGUUAUAGUUUGGAAACUCCAUCAGUUUUAGGAAAAACACUGGUUUAGGAAGUCUAGAAAAAGAAGAGUAGAUUAGCUGUCUGCAAUAAGUAAUUUAAAGUCAUUAAGAUUUAGAACUAGCAGAACCUUUAGAUAUCAUCUGAUCUACCUUGUACAGAUGAGAAAAAUUACUUUUGUUAUUUUCAUCACAGACAAAUUAAAGUUGUGCUUGUAUGAGAAUGAUCUCUUUGAAUACCUAAACUGUUAAUACCAUUUGUUUCAAACUAGUAGUCUAUAAAAUAACUUGAGGGAACAUUAAUUAUUUUACACUACAAAGAAUAUAAUUAAAAGCACAUCAAGGACUAUUUUAAUAGCAGUGCUUAUUGUUCCUUAGUUUAAAGAAUUAAUCUUGCCAGGAUAUAUGAACGAGCUUUCUCUUUUUAGUUUUCCUGUAACUGCAGUUUUCCCAAUUAAUUAGCUUUGCCAGUGUGUUCCCCUCUUCCUUCUUGGAACUUGUUGUGCCAGUAAUAGCAGUCUAAGUAGAGGACAUAUGACAAUAAGAAUGCUUUAUAUCUCUUAAAAGAUUUUAGGAGACCUAAAGGAGAUUACAGAUAUGAAAUAUAUUGGUAAGCUUUUCAGCACUAUUCACUUGUUUUAGAACUACAACAUGGUAGCUCUUGUUCUUCAGGAGUGUAUCGUUUUGUACAUAUUGUUGUAUUUUUGUAUAUAGACUAACAGAUUUUAAGUAGCCUAUCAUAUUUACCUAAAAUAUAUAUUACAGGUAAGUUUAUAUGUAAGAAAAUGAAAAGCUCUUUUUUCUAAAGUAGCUUCACUGUAUUUUGCCUACACUUGGAGUAUCUGUGAAUAAAUUUGAACGGAAUCAUGUUGCAGAGACU